UCCCUGAGGUUACAAGCUAGUCCACCUGGCCACACCUCCCUGCCCCAGUCCUAGAUAAGGCCCUGCUGUAAUCAACUUUUCUCUCCUGCCAGAACAUCCCAGGGCGGUCUCCAUUAUCGGCUACCUUCUUUAAUAACUCUUACAGGCAUGAUGCCCAUCUAUGCCUUCCUGUUGCUGCUCUGGGGGGCCCUGGCCCCGAAGCAGACCUGGGCACGCUUCCACUCCCUGAAGUAUUUGGACACCGCGGUGUCCCGGCCGGGCCGCGCGGACCCACGCUUCAUCAUCGUCGGCUACGUGGACGACACCCCGUUCGUGCACUACGACAGCGAAGCCCCGAGUCCGAAGAUGGAGCCGCGGGCGCCGUGGGUGGAGCCGGCGGGGUCCAAGCACUGGGAGCAGGAGACGCAGAUCUGCAAGGCCAAAGCGCAGAUUUUCCGGGAUCAACUGCAGACCCUUCUGGGUUACUACAACCAGAGCCGGGACGGCUCUCACACCUACCAGAGGAUCUGCGGCUGCGACGUGGGGCCCGACGGACGCUUCCUUCGCGGGUACAGAGCCGAGGCCUACGACGGCGAGGAUUUCAUCUCUUUGAACGAGGACCUGAACUCCUGGACCGCGGCAGACACCGUGGCUCAGAUCAUUCGGCGCAAAUGGGAGGCAACAGGUGAAACCGAACAAGAGAGAGCCUACCUGGAGAAGGAGUGCGUGAAGAGGCUCCUGAGAUACCUGGAGAACGGGAAGGAGGCGCUAAAGCGCGCAGAUCCCCCAAAGACAAAUGUGGUCUACCACCCCACUUCUGACCCUAUGGUCACCCUGAGGUGCUGGGCCCUGGACUUCUACCCUGCGGAGAUCACCAUGACCUGGCAGCGUGAUGGAGAGGACCUGAUCCAGGAAACAGAGCUUGGAGAGACCAGGCCUGCAGGAGAUGGAACCUUCCAGAAGUGGGCAGCUAUAAUGGUGCCUUCUGGGGAGGAACAGAGAUAUACAUGCUAUGUACAACAUGAGGGGCUGCCUGAGCCCCGCACCCUGACAUGGGAGCCACCUCCAAAGCGCAAAUUUCCUGUCACAGAAAUUGUCCUUGUCUUGGUUCUCUUUGGAAGUGCGGUGGCUGUUGCAAUAUGGAGGAAGAAAAAAGCAGGUACUGAUGGUUUCCAGGGCUCUGAUGCAUCUCUCAUGACAAGAAGUAUUAAAGAGCUGCCUGUGUGGGACUGAGUGGCACAAGAUUAGUGCAAGUCUCUCCGUGGUGACGUGAAGAUGACUGCAUCCUUUUUCUGCAAAGAUGUAUAAGUGCAUCUGCAUUCCUAUAGGCAUGGUGUGAAGAACGGGGGAGGCCAGCCCCCCCCCCUCCACCAGGGCCAUUGUCCCCAUACUGACUGACCUACCUUCUCCACAAACUGCCUGUUCCAGCAGACCAGGGCUGGGGCGUCUCCUUAUAGUUUUAAUGGUACAUUUGGCUACAACAUCUGACAGUACAUAGAAAAAAUACAAAUCUCAAUGUAAACUUGUAAAUCCUUAGUGUGAGGGUUUGAUGAGUUAAUUUUAGGAAAAGUUUCUUAAAGCCAGGUCCAGUGGCUCUCGCCUGUAAUCCUAGCUACUCAGUAGGCCGAGAUCUGGGAAUCCCAGUUUCAAGUCAGCCUGUGCAGAAAGUCUAAGACUUUUU